AUGGCAGACACUACUCCGGACACUGCAGUCUCUAAUGUGACCGAACCUGCCAAGAAGAAGAGGAAGUAUUCCAAAAAUGGAUGCCUUGAAUGUAAGAGAAAGAAGGUUAAAUGUGAUGAGACGAAGCCUAUGUGUUGGCAGUGCACGCAUUUGUCUCUUGAAUGUGUUUAUAAGACCAAAGAGUUUCAAUUUGUUGUUUCUGGGGGACCCAAUAAAUCUCGAGUAAACUCUAAAGUGACCUCAGUCUCGGAUAAAAAGAGAAAGAAUAAGGAAGAUGGCGAUCUGCAUAGGAAAAACAUGGAACAUCAUUCAUCAUCUGAUACUAGAAAACUCUCGAACAAUGAACGUGACGUGGAUUUUGAGCAUGCUGCAACCAAUGCGAUUGGUAAUGACGAAGAUGAUUUGAAUGCGCUAUUGAACGAUGCGCUUCUCUUUGCUAAUGAUUUAUUCUCCAAGCUGCCCGAAACAGACGCCGUGACCGCAAACCAAGGCCAACAGAAAAGUAUCAGUUCUAUCAAUGAUGACAUAGGCGGGCCCGUGUUCAACAGAUGGGAAGAGAUCGAAGGAAUGUUAGGAGAGGUAUCAAAAUCGGAAUUAUCAUAUUUGAAGAUAUUUUAUGACAAUGUAUCAUACUGGUUGAUGCCGCUAGCACAAUCACCGGAUUCUAACAUUUGUAACCAUAUCUUAUUCCAGCACGUAAUAAGAGCAAAUAAAAAACACGCCCGAGAAAAGUCUUACUUACAGAGUUCGAUGGUGUCAAUCAGUGCUAAAUAUGUCUACAAUGUUUACGGGAAAGAGCAUGAUAAUAUAAUUAGGAAACAUUUCUUGAGAAAAGCACUACAGCAAUUGUACCAAGAAUUCGAAUCUCUAUCCCAAGAAUCAUUGGGGUUUUCACAGAUAGACUCUUUGAAUUUAUGUGUGCUAUUGUUGACAUUGGAUAGUUCAACGUUUGGAACUCAAGAAUGGAAAUUCCAUCUACGAGGAGCUAAGGAUCUACUUAUGAAAUACAACGACAACAGAGAAAUGGUGACUGGAAGCACUGGGAGCACACUUUUGCAUAGGAGGACUGUAACACUAGCACGUAACUGGUUUUGUGCCAUUGCUAUAGUUGCUUGUGUAGCGAAAGGUAACCAUUUUUUCAAUGAAGCAGAAAUGGAGGAGAUGUUAGAUAUUGGAUCCAGUGAUUCAUCCAUGAGCGACAAUCUCAUGAAGCAGAUGGGAUUCAUAUCAGGGAAUAAUUAUAACACAUUUCUUGGGUAUUCGAAAGAGGGAAUAUUGCUUAUCAAGGAAGUGAUGAAAUGUCUUAAUGCAGAUACUGGCCAAGACGAUAACAACGAUAGUUUCCUUAACGUCUGCUCAUUGUUACAAGCAUCUCGAGAAUACCAAUUCUAUCCAAACACGUACGGGAAAGUUGAUACCGACAAUUACUCCCUGAUACCGUCAUUCACCUCAGAUGUGGCAUCCGUUGUGUUCCACAAGCUUUCUGUCUAUUCUAUAUACGAUUCCAUCCACCAGACCCAUGUGGAACUACUAUUUGUCACCUAUCUACUAAGAAGCGCUAAACUACCUGAAGACUGUUCGCUAGUGCUAAACUCUUGCAAACGAGUUUGGAAAAUGUUAGAGUGGAUGUUUUCAGACUGUAAUUUGACAAUAAUGGAAAUAAACAUGCUGACAGAACAGUUAGAAGCUGGUGAAAUAUACAACUACCCAAGCCUAAGAGAGAAACUAAAAUUUGAAUUGACCUCCAGGUGCAUCAUCGUACCAAUGCAGAAGGACUUCAGAUUGAUGAUGUUCCAAAGUAGCGUGAUUUUAUGUGCUGAGAAGCUAAUUUUAUUGGAUUCAAAUACACUACGGCUGACAAGAUGCAAAAUCCUAGCAUACUUCAUGACUAUGGCAGAAAACUUGGGUGCUGAAUCAGCAGCAAUAUCGAUCGCAUAUCUGAUUAGAAAAUGGUAUCCAAGACCAACGACCAUGCUCUCACAGAAUGAGGUGGACCUUGCUGAUGCGCUUCCAUUUUCUUGA